AUGGCUCUGCCGAAUGUGGAGGUGAUAGUGAUCGAGCAAACCAAGGUAUCGCCACCGCCAGGCUCAGUCCCAACAACCUCUCUUCCUCUCACUUUCUUUGACCUGCCAUGGCUUCUCAAUUUCAGCCACAUGCAACGUCCCUACUUCUACGACUUUCCUCACCCGACCAACCACUUCUUAGAAACCCUACUUCCAUCUCUCAAAAAUUCUCUCUCCCUCACUCUCCAACACUUCUUCCCGUUGGCGGGAAACCUCCGCCUCCCUCCGCCGCCCGCGAAGCCUCACAUUCUCUUCACCGACGGCGACUCCGUUUCCCUCACCGUCGCCGAGUCCACCGCCGACUUCCACUUUCUCUCGGCCAAUCACCCGCUACCCGUCCGAGCAUUUGACCCGUUUGUCCCCAAGUUUGCACCCGCACUUGUGGUGGACGGCACGCGCGUGGAACCUCUCCUGGCCUUGCAAGCCACCGUCUUCCCCAACUCCGGCAUCUGCAUCGGUAUCCGGAGAAACCAUGUGGUGUCCGACGGGAAAGCGUUUCACCACUUCAUGAAAUCAUGGGCGUCGAUUUGCAAUACCGGAGGCGAUUUAAUUACUCGGCUUGAUCGAGAGCUGCGACCACCGUCUCAUGAUAGGACCGCGAUCAAGGACCAAUAUGGGCUUGAGCUUGAGUUGUUGAACGCCUGGUGGAGUACUACUUUGGCAUCGGCACGAAAUGAUGACGGUGAUGAAGAAAGACCAGUCCUAGACUGUGGUACUAUUGAUAACGUUCGUGCCCCGUUUAUUCUGCAUCGCGUCCAGAUUGAGAGGCUAAAGUCUUGGGUCACAAAUCAAUUGGCCAACGACGAAAGCUCCUCGUCGUUUCACAUGUCGUCGUUUAUCGUCACUUGCGCGUUGAUAUGGGUUUGCUUGGCGAAAUCGGAAGAGAGGAAUUCCGCGCUCAACACCGAUAAAGAUGACGAGCCUUACUACUUCGCCUUUGUAGCGGAAUGUCGAAGUCGCCUCGAGUUUCCAUUACCAACGACCUAUUUUGGAAAUUGCAUGAAGAUAUGUUUUGCACCGGUAAAGAGGAAGGAGUUAUUGAGAGAAAAUGGUAUCGUCGCGGCGGCUAAGGCCAUUGGGAAGGAAGUUGGAGAAUUGAACGAGGAAUCUUUGAAAAAGUUCGAGAAUUGGAUGAUGAAGUUCAAAAAAAUUAAGGAAUUAGGGUGGCAACAUGUCACGGUCACAGGCUCGCCGAAACUUGGUGUUUAUGAGGCGGAUUUCGGGUGGGGGCGGCCUAAAAAGAGCGAAACGGUCCAUUUUAGUGAUGCAACUACGAUUUCUCUUGCUGAGAGUAGGGACGAGAAGAGUGGUGUCGAAGUUGGUUUGGCACUAAAUAAGGAUCGAUUGAGUCGUUUCGGUGCCAUAUUGGAAGAAACCUUGACGCACUUGGCUUGA